AUGCGCCCACUUAUUUCAAAAUCCUCCUUUUUCUUUAAUGGGAGACGUCGAAGAAAGCUUAGCAUGAAAGAAAUUGACCUUUUCACAAAGCUUCCUUCAUUUAGCCACCUUUCCCCACGUGCUUGCCUUAAUCAAGUUUCCAAGCUCAUUGUACAUUUGGAAGCUGCAAUCUGGCGAGCACACUGCCAUGGACAAAGAUUACUAUUAGAUCUUGCCCGCCUUGCUUGGCAAACACAAAGAUCUUUGCCCACAAGCAACUAG